AUGGAGGAUUUCUUGUCCAUCGCUCACGGCAACCCGCUGGAUGGACCGAUGGCAGAAACGCCGAGGUGGCACCCGGCAGAGUGGGAGGCGGUCCUUGGGAACAUGGAAAGCGCCGUUUUGAAAAUCGACUUCUCUCAGAGCCUUGGCAACUGGGCGUCCAUCAGAGAGCAGUCCACGUUCAACGUGACGAUGGCGGACUCGACCGUCGUAUGCACGCACCCGCAGCGACGAGAUGACGACCUUUUCAUGGAGUUCCCUCAGAGUACACAGAACGCAAAGAGCAACGGCUUGACCCCUAAGAGAGCAGACGCGGAACCGAAACGCUUAGUUUCGGCCUUCCCGGAAAUGCGCGAUUACCUGCGAACCGCUCGACUCAGAUGGAUCGUUGACCGGUGCUUCCAGUUCAAAGACGGAGACGCUUCGGAGUGGACCUAUGAAAUCUGCGUGGGGAAGAAAGUGACGCAGUUCGCAGGCAACCAGAAAGCCGGGAAGACGAUAGGCAAAACGCUCUUUGAGUGGGGGACGUACAAGAUAGGUCACGACCAGCUAUGGGCGAACGGCACUUUGACUCAGAUCUAUGGAAACGGCACCGGAGGACGGCAGACGGAAGUCUUCUUCGAGUGUCUUGACCAGUAUCCGACAGUUACGGCAAUCGAAGAAGUUCGCGAAAGCGAGUUGCGCAUGUGGGUUGGAGCCUCCAUGUUUUGCGACUUCCGUCCAACCAACCCGACACCUCCCUUGCUCGAGGCGCUCCUGCGGCCACUCGAAGGCUGGUGCGCGAACUUCACGACGACUGGAUUCUGGUCCUACGAAUACUGUCAUCCAGACAGCUUGGUCCAAUUUCACAAAGACAGUUCAGGCGAUGUCAGAGACCCGAUGUUCCUCCUGGGAACUCUGCACACGUCGACACCGUCGUCGACAUUCAUGUGGAAAACCCACGCGUCUGCAGACUUCCCCAUGCUCCGAGGAAAAGGCGCAGGCGUCAACACAAACAGUCGGCCGAAGUUCCGCUUUCUGCCGGUCCAGCUUGUGGACUUUCCCUCCGAGCUCAACAGGGGACGAGAGGAGAAACCCCAGCAGGUCCUCGCUAUGGAGUUGACGAAGGGAACACUCUGUGACAGCGCGGAUGUCCAGCGGAGCACUCGCGUCCUUUUCGAGUGCCCUGACGACUUCGCCACGCUCGCCACGCAUCAGGUCAUGAAAGUGAUGGAGACAUCGCCGUGCCACCAUGAGCUACUGAUACACACCCCUCUAGUCUGUCCACACCCACGACUGCUACCACCCCGGCCGAAGGAACCGCAGCAAGUCAACUGCGUCCCAGUGGAAAGCCAUCAGUUGGAUUCGCCUCACGUGUCUGAGGCCAACCACGUGAAGGUCACUGCCGGGACGGCAGUAGAUCCAGGGCUCGAAGCGAUCCCGUCAAGUUAUCUUCCUGAUGGCAAAAUCAGCUUAAACGGGAGCCACUUCGGCAUGAGACAAUAUAAGAGAAGUCGUUCAUCUCGGAAGUCCCCUGCUUUCAGGGUUGGACGCCUCGUCAGGCAUCGGUGGUCUAAAUACACGGCAGUGGUGCUUUCGUGGGACCGCAGCUGCGAAGCCCCUCCAGAUUGGACUGCGAAGGUUUACGAGCACUAUCCUGAAUCAUCCAGUCACAAGCCUCAUUAUCUCCUCUUGGUGGACCAGGCAGCUGUAAGAGAACCUCAACUGCCCCUAUUUGCCUACGUGCCAGAAGUUGCCCUAGAGCCAGCACCUGCCGGCCAAGGACUUUUCCGACAUCCUCUCACCUCAUAUUUCUUUCACCAUUUUUCAACUCACAGCCUCACAAGCAAUUAAAAUUGGAAUAUCUGAGUUGAACGAUAAACUGGCUUCUUCACUGGGAGUAUCACACGC